GCCUUAUUAAAUACAUCCCAAUCGCUCCAUUUGUUGAAGAUACUACGCGGAAUGAGCUAUUCAUACGGACAGGGUUAUCCAGGACCAGGUGGUAACGCUCCCCGACACCACCCGCCUCCAGGGGCACCGUAUGGAGGUGGUCCCGCUGGUGGACAGUAUGGUUCACCUUAUGGCGGUGCCCCUCCAGGGCAACAGUAUGGUGGAGGGGCUCCGUACGGGUCUUAUGGUCAACCUGGUCCAAGAGCGCCGUACGGUGGGGGCCAAGCUCCAGGUGGCCCUUAUGGAGGCUAUGGACAACCCCAGGGAGGACCAUAUAGUCAGCAGGGACCUGCAGGUAACAUUCCCCCCGGUGUGAACCCUGAGGCCUACCAGUGGUUUUGUACAGUGGAUUCAGAUCGUAGUGGCUACAUCAAUGCCAAAGAACUGAAGCAAGCACUCAUGAAUUCCAACAACUCCGCUUUCAAUGACGAAACCUGCAUGAUGAUGCUUAAUAUGUUUGACAAGACCAAAACUGGACGUGUAGAUGUAUUCGGUUUCUCUGCACUGUGGAUGUUUCUGCAGCAGUGGAGGGCUGUAUUCCAGCAGUUUGACCGAGACCGAUCCGGAUCAAUUAACAGCAAUGAGAUGCACCAGGCUUUAUCUCAGAUGGGCUACAAUCUGAGUCCCCAGUUUAUUCAGGAGCUGGUGAAUCGUUAUUCUAUGCGCGGUGGGAAUGGGGUUCUUCAGUUGGACCGCUUCAUUCAGGUGUGCACGCAGCUUCAGAGCAUGACCCAGGCAUUCCGUGAGAAAGAUACCGCCAUGACAGGCAAUGUGAGGAUGAAUUACGAAGACUUCCUUUCGGGUGCCAUUACCAGACUUAUGUAAAGGGCUGCAUCAGUAAUUCAGAAGAUAAUCUGACUCUGAAUGUACAGCAUGACACCUUGCUCUCUCAACAGUGCCUUUCACCGCAACUUACCCUGAGUUUACCACAUUUAUCGACAAACUGUGUCCAUUAAGCAUUGCCAGAGCUAGCCAAUUAAAACACUUAUCACAAGAGACUACCAUUGUGAUAUAGUUUGUAAUGAAGUUAAUAAAGACAAAACCAAUGCCAAAACUAUUAGUUGUACAUGUGAAUAAAAUAACAUUAGCUAUGCAACAAGCACUAUUGCUUAUUAAUGGGAGCAUGUCAUAGAAGUAUGAAUACUUUUGAUUUACUUUUUAUUAUAAUGAACAUUUCUGUACUUUUUGAAUAUUAGUAGAAAUGCCUGAUUAUGAAUGCUUGAAAUGCAAAGUUAUUUAGCUUUCCCUACCCAAAGAAAUUGCGUUAUGCUUUUUGUAUGAUGAUAUUUAUGCUCGCCUAACCCACCCCCAUUGAUAUUUUUCUGCUGCUACUUUGCUUACAAUUAAACAGUUUAAUUAAAAUAAUUAUUUUUGUUGUAUUUGUUCAAUUUGAAUUAUUUUCUCAUGUAUUUGUAAUUUUUCCUUUCUUGUUUCAUUUUAAAAUAAAUGUU